UUUUUCAAAGAAGAGGUUGAAAGAACUAUCUUGAAAAGGAUCCGACGAAGAAUCCCAGACUUUGAGAAGUCUUUCUUCUAGCUCUGAGCCUUGUGGUGAUGGAUGUAAUAGUUCACCUUCCCUGAUCCUGUGUCUUUUCACAUGUAAAAAGGAACUUGUACUAAAUGAUAGCCAAGCCUCCUACCACUUCUACUUCUGUUCCUUGGACUUGCUAACUGACUGUUUCUGAAUGACAAACUCUCCCUUUCUCUGCCACCUGGGAAAGGCCAGGGCCAGAGGAAAGCAGAUGCUAACCUGUCCUGAGAAGAAACGGGAGAAGCAGAAGCAUGGAACUGUGUCCCUUGCACAACUUGCUACUUCAGCCAGUGAGGGGCUUGGGUGGAACACAGGGUUAUAAUUAGAGCAAGAGGCCAGCUGCUUCUCCCCCAGCUCCUGGACACAGCUGGACCUGCCCACGGCACACACAGGACUCAGGCUGUGUUGGCCUUGCUCUGACCCUUCUUGCAAAGGCUUUCCUCCCUCCUCUGUGAAACAAAGUCCGGGGUUGCUCUAAGCGCUACUUUCCCAUGGGCUCUCCUCUGCCCCUCCAGCACUUAGACAUUGAGUGUUGAUAACCUACAGAGACGAAAGAGGUCGUAAGCUGAGCCCGGUCACAUUGCCCUGUGAUAUAGUUUUAUUUUUAACUUUGAAACGCUUGAACUAUGUCAGUUGGCGUUUUCUCCCUUUCGCUUGCCUUUCCAACAGAACUUGGGUGCUCUGCUGCAGCGGAAGCACCGGCACCCACCUCCUCCAGACCUGCUUGAUCAACGGCAAAGGGCUGGUAGCUGCGGAUGCUGAGCCAGCUUGUACCGUUUAGGGUCGGGCACGCAAGCCUCCACCUGCGCUGCACAGGCACUGUGAGGGAUGCUUCAACCGCCACUGCCACGUUCCGGUGGAGCCCAGCGUCUCCUGCCUGGUGAUAAGCUGCCACCUGCUCUGUGGCGCCACCUUCCACAUGUGCAAAGAGUCAGAGCAUACACUCCUCUGCCCUCUGGAGCAGGUUCCCUGCCUCAACUCUGAGUAUGGCUGCCCGCUCUCCAUGGCACGCCACAAGCUGGCUAAGCACCUGCAGGUAUGCCCCGCCAGCGUGGUCUGCUGCUCCAUGGAAUGGAUCCGCUGGCCAAACGUGGACUCAGAAACAUUCCUUCACGAGAACAUCAUGAAAGAGACCCCCAGUGAGGAGUGUUUGGACACAGCCCUGGCCCUCCAGGACCAGAAGGUACUCUUCAGAUCCUUGAAAAUGGUAGAGCUUUUCCCAGAAACCAGAGACGCCACGGAGGAGGAACCAGACAUGAAUGGUGACACCAGUUGGGAGGAGACUGGGGGCGCAGUGGGGGGAGUGGAUGCCAGGCUAGCACCAAAUUCUUGUUUGCCGGCAACCAGUAGGCAAAUGAUGGAGCUCAGUCAGGAGGAACGAGAUGCACUGGCAAAAACCAAAGAAGGGAUGGACCUGGACAAGUUUGGCAAGUGGGAAAGUAUGUUCAGCAAGGAGCACGCAGCCUCUGUUUUAACAGGUUCCUUGGGGAAGAGUGAAGACAAGAAUGGGGAUGUGGCUGGGAAAGAGCAGUGCUCCAGUAAUGUUCGCAUAGGGGAUGCAGAGGGUUCUGCCGAAAGGAGAGGACCACAGGAAAGCCAGAAGUCCCAGGAACUUCCCGCUACCAUGGAGAUGACAGGGCUUGCUCCCUGGCAAGAUGGUGUUCUGGAAAGACUAAAAACAGCCGUGGAUGCCAAAGACUAUAACAUGUAUCUGGUGCACAACGGGCGGAUGCUCAUCCACUUUGGGCAGAUGCCUGCUUGUACGCCCAAGGAGAGGGACUUUGUUUAUGGCAACCUAGAGGCUCAAGAAGUGAAAACGGUUUAUACCUUCAAGAUUCCCGUGAGCUACUGCGGGAAGCGAGCUCGCUUGGGAGAUGCCAUGUUGAAAUGCAGACCAAGUGAACACAAGGCUGUGGACACUUCUGAUCUGGGCAUCUCUGUGGAGGACCUGCCCAAAUCUGAUCUCAUCAAGACCACCCUCCAGUGUGCUUUGGAAAGAGAACUCAAAGGCCAUGUCAUCUCUGAAUCCAGGAGCAUCGAUGGACUCUUUAUGGACCUUGCCACCCAAACAUACAACUUUGAGCCAGAACAGUUUUCCUCAGAGACAGUGUUGGCUGAUCUCCUAGGCACUGCCCAACCCGGGGGCCUGCACGUGGAGCUCCACAGCGAGUGUGUGACUAGAAGACACAACAAAAGCAGCUCAGCUUUUACGUUCACCUGCAACAAAUUCUUCCGAAGGGAUGAAUUUCCCCUGCACUUCAAGAAUGUCCACACUGACAUCCAGUCGAGUCUCGAUGGCUGGUUCCAGCAUCGAUGCCCCCUAGCCUACUUGGGAUGUACAUUUGUUCAGAACCACUUCCGCCCCCCUGGACAAAAAGCAAAAGUGAUCUAUAGCCAGGAGCUGAAGACCUUUGCCAUCAAACCAGAGGUUGCUCCGGAGCUGAGUGAGAAAUGGAAGAGCGACCAUCUCUCUGGCCGUGAUGGGAAAAGCCUGAAUUCUCUAACCAGCCUGCCCCUGGAGGUGUUGCAAUACAUUGCUGGGUUUCUGGACAGCAUCAGCCUGUCCCAGCUGUCCCAGGUGUCAGUACUGAUGAGGAACAUCUGUGCCACUUUGUUGCAAGAGAGAGGGAUGGUCCUCUCGCAAUGGAAGAAGAAGAGGUAUUCUCACGGAGGCACCUCCUGGAAAGUCCACAAUCAGAUCUGGCAGUUCAGCAGCCUCUUCUCAAAAAUCAACAGCUGGGAGUUUAAUGACGUCACCUCCAUGUCUGAGCACCUGAAAACCUGUCCUUUCAACAUCGUGGAGCGGAAGACUGACCCGAUUCGUUUGACCAGCAUGUGCCAGCCCCAAGAGAAGGCCCGGGAGAGCUUAGUGUCCACCUUUAGGGCCCGACCACGGGGCAGACACUUUUGAAGAUAUGCACACCACUGCUCCUGGCUUCUCAGAGUACUCAAAGUAGGACAGUGUGCUUUGAGGAACCACUCUGAAACCUGCACAUCUAGAAGACUUGUGGAGUCCUUCAGGCCUUAGCAACUACACUAGAACACUAAGGAUAUUUGUUUGUUUGUUUAUUUGUUUUGUUUGAGCUAUGGCUUAUAUGAAAGCGCCACCUUUUUUUGCCUUUAUCUUACUUCUUUCCUCUCCUAAAAUAGAUAAGUCUAGGAGAAAAUUAAUAGCUUAAGGCCGUUUGAUAAACGCACCCAAGUUCUUGGUUGACUGGAGAGCAAGAAAAGUCUGUAACCAGCAUAGACUGGUGCUUCUACAUUGAGCUGUCCAGUUUACAAACCACCUUCAAGUUCUUGAGGCAGGUGACCCAGGGACAGGGUCUGGGGUUUAGUGACUACCCAGGGUAUCCAGGUGAAGGGAGUUCAACUGGAAGGUUCUGAAGCUUGCUUGGUCUCGACAACUCAGGGCUUUUUAGUCACCCUACUGCAUCAAAGCCCAGAUGGUUUCAAGGUGACCCAAGAGAAUGGACCACACAGCGUAAGCACAGCAGUUUCACAGACACAAGCCAAAGCAAAACAGUGUGUUGCAUAUAGUCUUGGCAACACCAAGAGAAAAACAACAACUCUUUACAAUGAGGGAAAGACCAAAAAUCUCUGGAAGCAAAGUAGCAGCUCCUGGUUGAGAGCCACUGUCCUAAAGGAUGCUACCCCAGCCAUGGUAAGUUAGGAGGUGCUCACUGUUUACUGUGACAAAUCUGACCUUACAUGGCCAGCAUAAUUCAACGCAACUCUUACUCGUUUACUAAAUAAGUUUUAAACAUGGGACGAUGCUAAAUUGAGAACCAGAUGGGGCUGAUCUACCCAAUAUGGCUUUGGGUCCUUGGGCCACAUGAAGUAAUACAUCUUCCCUGCCCUUUUUAGGGAAACUGGAAACCAGGAAAGUCAUUCAUCUCAGGUUAAGUUCCUCCUCCCUUAAUUGGUGCCAUUUUCCAGCAACCCUAGAUGUUCUCAAGCUAAUAAUAAUCAUAAUCAUAAAGAAAAAGGGAAGGCAGGCAUCACAGGGAAACAGCCAAGAAUCCAAAUAAUGAAGGACUCUUGCCAAUCUGUGAGCUCGUUGUCUGGGCAUCUGUCUGUCUGACCAUAGUUCAGAGCUGGUGCAGAUGAAGAGGCUGGUGCAGAUGAAGAGGCUUGUGCAGAUGAAGCUGCUGCCUUUGCAAAGGCAGCAGAGCAAGCCCAUUCUGAGAGCGUAUUCACUCUCUGCUGCAUUCCUCACGUUUGUUAACACAAUGCUAUUAUUUAUUCCUAAUCUUUACAGUUUGGUUUGGAUUUCACAACCACUUUUUUGGUGCAAGUCAUGGGUUUUUUUAGAAGUGUAUCUAGAGUGUUCUCUAAAACUUUGCUCCGUGAGGUUGAGUAACUGAAAGCAGCUAAACAAUGAGGUUGGCGAGAGGAAAGCGAGCUCUUUGGGUCUCGACUCUGUGCGUUGGGAAUCUGGUUCUUCCCACACAGUGGAAUGUGGUUCUCCCAGCCUCUCGGGGUCUAUUAGAGAGAGAGAGAGAGAACUAUAGACCAUGGAAACGAACCCUGGACUCAAUUACAUGAGCCAGGCGCAGCAGAGAGGCAGGGAGGCCACAGGGCUCUGCCACCUUAAGCUGUACUACCCUUUUCUAGACAUGGGAUCCAGGUGUCCUGGUAUCAGAGAUCCUUGCCCUCCUAAAGCCACUAGACACUCUUAGCCCACUUGGAUCUGUUCUUUGGUGUUAGUCUUUUGCAGAGAGGGGCAGGGAACCUUCCCUUCCUACUUCCAAUCCUCUAAUCUGUGGUUCUUCCUAGAGAAUCACCACCUGCCAGGGAGUCAGAGAGGUGGCUCAGUUAGCCAACUACUUGCCUAGCAAGCAGGUGGGCCUAAUUUGGAUCUCCUGAACCCAUGUAAAAUGGCAGAUGUGGCAGCUUUUGCUGAUAAUCUCAGUGCUGUGGAGGCAGAGACAGGAGGAUCCCUGAGCAGAAAAGCCCUACUGAUGAGCUCCAGGUCAAACACAAAUCCUGUUUAACAAGAGGCAGAUUAUAUUCCUAAGGACUGACAGCUAACAUUGCUCUCUAGCCAACACACACACACAUCAAGUAUAUAAAAAGUCUGGUUUUCCCAGGCAGGAAGCUAACCUCAUACAACUACUAAAGCCAGCAGAGGCUGAACUGCCUUAAUCUGGAUGUCACCCAACCCUGCUAUUCCACAUUUCUGCCAUUCCCAGGUACGCUGCUUGGUUUUAUCAACUUGACACAAACCUAGACCUAUCUGGGAAGAAGGAAUCUUAGUUGAGAAAAUGCGUCCUAAAAUGCCCCGUAGGCAAUUCUGUAAGGCAUUUUUAAAAUUAGUGGUUGAUGUGGAGAAGCUGGCCUGCUGUGGGUGGUAACCAUCCCUGGGUGAGUGGUUCUGGAUAUAAGAAAGAAGGCUGAGCAAGCCAGUAACCAACACUCUUCCCUGGCUCCUGCUUCAGUUUCUGCCUCUAGGUUCUUGCUCUGAAUCCCUGCCCUGGCUUCCCUUGGUGAUGGAGUGUGAAAUAAACCCUUUCCUCUCCGAGC